AGAUCAUUUGCAGAAUAUUUGACACAUUUUUUAGGCUGGGUUUAUGCUCUGUAUUUUAAAUAUUGAAGCGACAUUGUAGCUCAGCAUUGUAGCUCAGAUGUGUUCUGUGGACUGUGUACAUGGAACAGUGUUGAUGGGUUACAUCUUCAGCCUCAUUGACCUAAUGUACGCUUGGAAAUGUUGGCAAUAGGGUCACGUUGGUGCACACACACACACACACACACACUCUCUCUCCCUAAUGUGGAUCACUGGAAAAGUCACAGUGAAUUUACUCUGGCAUGAAAAAGCAUCAGGUGUCUGUAAACACAAUUUCAACCCUGUGGCAUAUGGAAGGAUCUCUUUCGACCUCCACAGUUUUUCUGCCUUUCGUGACUGACGGGAAAAUGUGUAUGAGGAAGUGUUUCAGUGGUAAACCCGUUGUGCCUCAAAAUAAAGCAAAAAUAAAACACAACAGAGUGAGAAGCAAAAUAAAAACACAUGGAAACACAUAACAAAAACAUGGUUGGGUUUUUAUCCACAUUCACCCGAAUCGCAGCACGACGAUGUGUUUGUUCUGUGACAAAUUGACUCAUGAUCUGUCAGAGGUGUGUGUAGGUGGGAAACAAGAAGACAUGUGCUGAGUGUGUGACUUCACUUCUUUAUUUUGCCUCCUUCAUGUGGUUUCAUAUCCUCUUUAACUGACGAAAUAGUAGUAGGUCUAUGUCUCUGCUGCAUCUAUGAACCACACACACACACACACACGACAGCUGCUUUCUGUUUGUUAGGACAUUGUGCUUUGAAAGUACAAACGGCAGGGGUUUAUCACAGCAACUUUAGCUCACUCAGAUCCCCAUGAAUAAUGCCACAGUUAGACUUUGACAGAUACUCGAGGUCCGUCAUCACGGGGAUUCUUUUAAGACAUUUCGACCUUGUGUCCUCAAACUUCCCCCCUGAUUUUUUGUUUUGGAUGAUUCGCCACAAUCUCAGGGUAAAAAGCAUUGCUCUUAGCCUCUAACUCUAGCAGGUGGAGGAAAAUGUUGCACAGUUUGGUUUUGACAGUUUCUUAUCUUAAUGAGAUAUUUUGCAAUUUUUUUUUGCAAACACAACCUCUUUACCUUAUGAAGAUGAUCUUUCAGUAUUUCUGUGAUGCUACAGUUUCAUUUUCCCACACUCACGACUCACACACGAAUGCCCAAACAUCCUCACCCUUUUGUUUGUGUUUUCUCUUUUCCUCCGUACACAGAAACCAGCCACUUUCCCUUUGCCUAAUUAUUACUUUGUUCUCCCAGUAGCCAAAAGGCUGAGAUUAAAAGCUGAAGGCAGAGUGUCAGAGGAUAAAGGGUUUCUUCCAGUGUUGAGUCUGGGUGUGUUGAUGGUUGUACAUUACUGUUGUGUUUUCAGUAAGCCCUGUAUCAGCCUAUCCAUCACCGUAAGGCCUUCAUUCCAUCACUGCAGUAACUUUCACCUAUGCAAAAAAUGUUGUACAGCUAGUUGUCUAACUGAUGUCCUGCGCUAUCUGAGCAAUUUCUGUUUUUACAACUGUGUUUUUUCUUUUUUUUUUUUGUAAUUCAUCUAACUUGUGUUUUUGACAUCGAGAAACAAAAGAAAUGACAACAAGUUGCAUAUUUUAUAUGGUUUAUAUUACAGGAGUCAGACAGUAAGUUAUGUGGCACUAAUAUAAACGAAGGAUAUUUAAAAGUUAUGCUCCAUUUCACAAUUUUCGGUUGUGAAAUGGAGCAUAAUACAACACAACAGAGGAUUUAAUCAGGUAUUGUGGUUUCUUAAAUGAUGAGGAAUACAUACAAAAUUCUAUGUUCGGAAACUUACAAAGUGACUGUGUUUCAGUGGAAUUAAAUUUGCUCUUAAAUCUCACUCAAGAUCAGAUCACUGAGUUCAAUGUUUACAAAAACAAGGAGACUUUAAAAUUAUCUCUCUCCCCAUAAUUUUGCUCAUAUGAUCUUGGAUUACAUUAUGAGACAGAAGAUGUAUCAUUGUAGCUAAAAAAAUGCAUGCACUUUGUGUACAAAAGAUUGUAAAACUAAGUAUCACAACACCAUCUUUUUUUACUCCACAGCAUAUUUUCCAAACACAAUUAAAUCUUUUCCUCAGAACUACAAACUGCACAUAUUCCUGAAUCUAUACAUUUAAGUUUAAAUUAUGCAAUGGAAAGCAAACAGUGAAUGCUGGCAGCUGUAUUGACUAACAGAGAACACUGAGAGGUAGCCUUAGGACCGACUUGACCUGGACAACAACUGAGUUGUUUGACACUUUCAAUAGAGUUACGAUGAUGGUCUAUUUAUGUCGUAUUUGUUUGCAGCCUUUUUGCAACCAUGGUGAUGGAUAGAGGUAAUGGCAGGAGUCUUGCAAGCUGGACAAGUAGAAAAGUUUCAAGUGCGACAUAAGUGCAUAUAUGUAUACGUGUGUAUAUGUGAAAAUGUGUGCACGUGCUGGUCUUGAUGGGUGUGUUUAGAUACUGGCAUUGUCAAAAAAGAACAAGUCUGUCUUGGUCAAUGAUUUCCCCUCCUACACAUAUGUCUUACGACUGGACAAGAACGCAGCUCUCCUGACCAAUAAGCUGGUGUUGUGGAGGGGCCCUGCCCAUGUACCAAAAUAACCCAGUAAAUACACUGCAGGCACUAUGAGAACUGGAGCUGGCCCACUGGCAAAUGCUUUGUGUACAAACAAGGGCUGCUUGUAGGUCUAGAACUGCUGAUCCUUGCUGGCCACUGUUCGCCUCUCUAGUGAUAGGCACAACUUACCGGCGGGGCAUAGAUAUUGUGGUCUGUAUUUGUGAGUAAAAUUGGAGUAGUUGGGUGGUAAAUUAAAGACGUUUCAGUUUAGUAGCACAUCAUCAUCCAGUUUCCCCAUAACUAACUAAGAAUUUAUUAAAAGUCAUUUGCGACAGUGUAAAGGAUGGGUGUUGCAGUAGGUAUGGUUCUGGUGGGUUUUUGUGUGAACAAGAGACUGUAUAUAAUAUCUGGACAAGGCCGUCUAUGAUCAGGUGCCAUUAGUGUCAAUUCUUUUGUCUAGUUAUUCAAUGACUGGGAGUUGCAUGACUAGAGAUUUCUUUCAAGCCAAAUCUAAUCGAGUCGGCAGUAACUUAGUAACAAAGUACUGUAACUCCUAGGAAAAGCAAACAUUUGUGAAAGAAAACAACACAGGGAGGAGCGUACAGGUCAAGUCAUGCACCAAGUUGAUUACUUGACCUUUUUUAACCUAUUUUGGCUCUUCAGUGUAUCUUCACUUGAAUACAGUUUCUGAUUAGAGUAAAAUGUUUUAAAACUUUUAAAACUUUACAGUAAAGUCUGCUGACAAUAGGACACCUAUCUCCUCAGAUCUGUGUCUGCAUUAAUGUGGACAUUCUUUUAAAAAAGCAAAUGUGCUGAUUCACUCCCUACUAGUUGGGAAAAACAAAUGCACUUUGUGGUAGAAAAUUAGCAAUUGCUUUCAGGGAUUUCGGUGUGUCCUCUGCAUAUACAUAUAUAGGAUAGCUUUGUGCAAACGCUGUGUCGUCUUUGGAAGGAGGCUGCAUUGAAGUUAGAGAGUUUACACUGGAGCAGCACAGUGCUCUUUUUGUUGCGACACUGCAACUCACAGACCAACUAAGGGAAGAGUAAGAUGAAUAGGAAGCAGAGCUUGUCAUUUCAAAGAGAGAGAGAAAGAUAGAGAGAGAGAGAGAGAGAGAGAGAGAGAGAGAGGAAGGUGACUAACAGCGAGUGUCACCCAGCCUACUGUAACUCAGCUGGUACAGGGAGGAGUGGCUGCACGACCACUGAACCGGCAUAUGUAUGCAGCGGUUGGUCCAGUUCAGCCAGCAGUCGUUUGCCUGUCUCAGUCAGAAAGUCAACACGUGGAGGAUCAAACAUCUCUUGGAUAAACUAUGUUUUCUUUGGAAUAGGGGAGUAGUUGCUGCAUCCCGACAUGUAGUGGGCAGUUUCUAAGCUGAGACCUGAGUCAUCUUUCUGCAUUUUUUUUCCCUCAUAAUCAGUUUCAUCUAUCUCUCGGGCUGGACUGCGGUGCAUUGACGUCAGCUCGCCCUCCCCUGCCCCCUCGUCCCCAAGCAAUGGCCUCACGCAUUGGGAUGCGGAUGCAGCUGAUGCGAGACCGUCAGCAGCAAGAGGAGCAGCGCGAGCGGGAGCAGCAGCAGCAACUCCAGCAACUCCAGCAUCAGCAUGCAUCUCUGCAGCCUUACAUGCAGCACUGCAUGGCGGGCCCGCCAGCCCCCACCCCUGCUAUUAGCACCCCACAGCAUUACCAGAGCAUGCAGGUUCCAGUGGAGGUUUUUAAGGUACAAACCCACCUUGAGAAUCCUACAGACUACCACCUUCGCCAGUCGCAGAGGCAACAGGUUAAGGAAUACCUGUCCACGACCUAUGCCACCAAACAGGCGGUCCUUGCGGUAGCAGGGAUGUUUCCAACAACAUCUCCCACAAAAAUGAAUGGUUCGACCUCUGCCCCCCCAACCCUCCAGUCCCCACACAUGCGAACUGAGCAGCUCAUGUCUGGCAACAGUGCACCCAACAGCCCCAUGGCCAUGCUCAACCUCAGCUCGAGCCAUGAGAUGGAUGACGUCAUUGAUGACAUCAUUAGCUUGCGGUCCAGUUAUGAUGAUCCGGCAAACGUUGACCUUGUGCAGAUGCCCAACACUCUCCCUCUGUCCAGCAGUCAUCUGGAUGUGUACACAGGUCCAGGGAUGAAGGGACCAGCGAUUGCUACAACCAGUAACUCCUGUCCUGCCAACUUGAACAUCAAACGGGAACUGUCAGACACAGAAGCCCGAGCUCUGGCCAAGGAAAGACAGAAGAAAGACAACCACAAUUUGAUUGAAAGAAGAAGGAGAUUCAAUAUCAAUGAUCGCAUCAAAGAACUGGGCACCAUGAUCCCCAAACCCAACGACCUUGAUGCACGCUGGAACAAGGGCUCUAUACUGCGUGCGUCCGUGGACUACAUCAGGAGCAUGCAGAAGGAUGCACAGCGGACCAGAGAGGUGGAGAACAAUUUCAAAAGAAUGGAGAUGGCCAACAAACAGCUGUUGUUACGCAUCCAGGAGUUGGAGAUGCAGGCUCAUCUGCACGGCCUGCCCAACACCUCCCCCUCUGGCCUGAACCUGGCUGACCUGAUGGCUUCUUAUAUAAAACAAGAAAUCAGCCCAGAGGAAAAGCUUUCUCAUCCCCAAAUACAAGUCCACCACCCACCACAGCAGCUACCCCAGAACCAGUCUCAGCCCCUAACCCACCAGCACCUCUUUAUGCCACAAAACCACCUCCAACCUCAGAGCCAUGCACAGCCUCAGCCCAGGCAUCUACCACCCCUCCCCCAGCACCUCCAUCAACAGCCACCUAUCCAGUUGCCUACUGUGGGCAGCUCCCAGCCCUUUGACUAUGCCCAGUCAAUGGACUUAUGCGAUGGUAUACCUGGCUUUUCAGACGACCUGUCAGGCCUGGCUGAACUGGGGGGAAUGGAUGGCCAAGAGAGAAGGUCUGACUUGGGGUUCCUCAUGAUGGAAGAGCCUUUGUCUCCGAUGGCUGGUGACCCACUCCUGUCGGCAAUGUCACCUGAAGCCUCGGUUGACUCCAGCCGCAGAUCCAGCUUCAGCAUAGAUGAUGGGGACAUACUGUAGACACGUGCGCGCGCACACACACAUCCUCACCCCACACCCCCCAAUGCCCCCCACACCUCACACAAAAGCACAUGCAGAGAUUUCAGGGUGUUUGCAAAGAUCCAGGACAGAAAUCAAAUCUAAUUUACAACCUGCACAAACUCACACCUUGGCACAGACCAAUACACACUGGACACUCAAUGGUGCGAUUUAAAAAAAAAAAACAAAAACAAAAAAAAAAACAAGCAAAAUCCUUAUGUUUUAAAAUACUUAAUUAUGUUAUAACCACAUGCACUUGUUUACCCAAGUGUGUGUGAAAUAACACAAGUGGUUAAAAAAAAUUCUUGCCCACAUACCGAGCAUUUACAAGGGGAAAGGGGGAAGGGGGGCGACACUGCCUGGUCAGGAAGUAUACAUGAAACUUGGCCUUGUUACGGUGAAGGUGGCUCUGAAUCAUAAUUGGAUGUGGGAUAAAACGCAGCAGUUAAUUAGAUUGAAGUUAUCAGAUACAAGGACAACCAAGUGCAUUGUCUCACUUGAUAGAGGACAAGUUAUUUUCCCCUUUACACCAACCUCUUUUAGUAACCAUAAAUGAUUGAGUGAACGAUAGUGAAUAAAAUGGAAAUAGCUUCAUGGCCCUGCAUGCAUAAUUUAUCUUAGGGCCAUUCAGUGCAGUCACAUUGUUCUGUGUUUUUCCACAGCUCACUUCUGCCCUGAGCACCAGCCGUGGUGUCAGACAAAUAUCAUUUAUUACACCCCUCAGUUUGUACGCUUUUAAUUAUUCAUUGUGUGCUAUGACAGUUUUUUUUUUUUUACUACAACACACUGGGAAAUGUCUGUCAUCAAAGGAAGUAGAACGAAAGAAAACGAUACUUUUUAAAAUCCAGUCCCAUAAAAAAAAAAUCUGCGAGGUUAAGAAACUCAGGUACUGUUUCAGAAUGCACAAGCACUAUUGUUUUAAUGUCGCGUCACUGUGCCUUGUGAUUUUGUGAAGCUGCUGCUCUCUCUCUCUCUCUCUCUCAUUCAAUUUUUAAUAUUUAGAGGUGAUAACACAGGGUGAAGACCGACUAUCAUGAUUUUUUUUUUUAAAUGCACACAGAAGAUUUCAUUUACAUCCACGCCAGCUAGGAUUUAUUAACGCGGGAGUUGCGCUGUUCCGUCACUGAAGGACUGAAACAUCAGAUGUGGUUGUUUCUGUCAGCUGACAGCUGCAGCCGUUGUAGUCAUCGCUGGGAAAAUAGCAGAAUUGUCACAAAUUGGCCUUUGUUCACAUGCUUUUAUUCACAAAUUGAUGUGCUUUUAACACGCACUCUCCCACCUCUGACGUUCACAUAUGCGUUAUAUAACACACGCACACACACCACAUGCACUCGCACACCAUGCUCAGCUGUCUCAGAUUGGUGUAUUAACAAACCUCCCAUUCUUCAGUGCCUCAGUUGAUUAAGUGGAGUCGAGUUGUAAGUUGUAGAAGUAGACGACAGACUGGCUUUGAAACAGAAGUCACAAAGAUUCUGUUUGUCUGACGUACAGGGCCGUUGUAGUUACAGCCAUAGACCAUCAAUAAAUGAUGGACGUACCCGUGUUGUGAUAAUACACCAGCUGAAUGCAACUCUUGUCUACAGAUAAGGACAAAAUUAUGAGCUGACCCUAAAAAAAGAACUGGACGGGUCAAAUAAUUAAAUUUUGUAACGAGAUAAUGUUUUGUCCAGGGCUGUGAAUACAAAACAAAGUUUUUACACCUCACUUGUAUCAGAUCAUGAGCAAACAUUUGGAGAAUCAGAGGUUAAUGGUCUGAAUCGUCCGUUGUCGCUGGUUUCUUCAGUGUAAAAAUAUUUUAAUUUUGUAUAUUUCUUUAAUUUAGUGAACGCCCGGUGUGAUUGGCAAGUAGCUUGAGAAAAAGUCUGCGAUUCUUCCCUUUUUAAAAACAAAACAACUUUGAAACAGGAACGUGUUCUUAGGCCGCCUUCAUUCUUUCACUGUGGUCUACGACAGCUGUCCCUGAAUCAUUCUCACAUAAAGUAGACGAGGAUCUCGGCUUUUUAGGUCUUAGAGUAGCUUAUGAUGAGUACUGAUGAAGAGUAGGAAAAGAAAUCUAAAGGUGAUUCUUCUUCUGAUUAAAGAAGUGUUUGUUUUAUUGUAGUUUGUUGUUUUGUUUUAUUCUCGAAAAGCACUGGAAAACAUGUUGGUUUGACUUUGUAUAUAAAAGAGUUAUGAAAUAAGAUUUAUUCAGAUAUUUUAUGCCACUUAAAGCCACUUAAAUGUAUUUGAUAUUUUGUUUCAGUUUCAUUACAGGCAUAUUCCAAAGUUUUUUUGUGUGUUUUUGUUUUUCCCCGUUAUAGCCAUUUUGUCUGAGACUUAGUAAAGACACGGUCAGACCAACAGUGUUUGUUUGUGUAAGACGUUUGGAGCCAUUUUUUUAACCAGAUUUUCUGUGACUUUAAAAUUAUUUAUGGUUUUUACAAGACUGGCAUUUGAUUUUCGCUGUCUAUUUAAACGUUUUUAUCAAGGCUACGGGAAAAUUCUUCACCGACUCCUGUUUGCUUGUGUUUUGAAUGUACAGUGGUUUUGUUGAGACAGAAAAAGCAGUUGAACAGUUGGCCUCGCUCUCUGUUCAACAAGUAAAUAAGGUACUUGAUGAAAAGUCUGAGUUAUACAUUUGUACUCACUUUACUUUUGUUUCUGUACAUCUGCCAAAUUUGUGCCUUUUCCAUAUUACCCCCCAGUCCCAACUGUUUUAUUGCCAAAGCACUCCCAUUUUGGACCUUCCCCCAGUAGAGGGAGAUCUACAGAAGAAACUGCACAGGGAAAAAAGCAGUUCUGAUUUAACUGAAUAUAUAAAAUGUUAAACCAGAAAACGGUCACUGUGUUUUUUUAUUUAUUUAACCGGCAUAUCAAUGUGACUUUUAAAAUUUUACAAUAAAUAAUCAAGUCAG